GGGUUCGAUUGAGUAGUGCUUGCAAGGUGGCAGUUAGGGUAAUGCCUUUGGUAACGUCAUUCUUUUUCUUUCUUUUGUUUUCGCCGAUAUUCGUUGUGUCAGAGUCUAAGGAAGAGAGAAAGCAACUACUUUGCGCUGCUUGUCUUGCCGUUGUGGACGAGAUUGAGUGGGAAAUAGAACAGGUAGAUCCCAAAAAGAAAAUUCAGGUUGGAAGUUUUCGUGUUGAUCCAGAUGGUCAUCAGAAAGGUAGCUACCAGGUUCCUUAUGCUGGAAGUGAGAGUCACAUGACUGAAGUGUUGGAAGGCAUUUGUACCAAGAUGAAUACUUAUGCUCUCUCGACUGAUCCCGACAGUGGAAAGAAGUCGUAUGUUCGAACGUCUUCGCGUAGAGGAGAGGCAGUGACGCUUUCGAACAUUUCAAUGAGCGGUGAGGUUUCGGAACGACUCAAACAUGAUUGUAAUUCACUUGUCGAAGAGUUUGAAGACGAUCUAAUGGAGGUUUUUAAAACUAAAGAUAGUCAACCAAAGGACACCAUAUGCCAGAGAAUAACAGGCUACUGUCCUAGCAGCAGAGAUGAACUUUGACAGUCAAAUAGUUCUUUCUGAAGGUUGAGAAAUAUGAAACUGACUGUACUAGGUUGGCUGUAAGGACAUGAAUUUUUUGUACUGGUUAAAUAAUUUUUGAAAUAGAAACUGAUGGUGAACAGGCAGUGUACUCUGUGCUGUUUAGAAGUUGAA